AUGGGAGAGGUGCCGGCAGAGCUGUGCAAUUUGAGGCUAGUGGAGAAGAUUAUGAUUGCCCAUUACCAAUAUAAUGUAUGUGUUGUGACCAUUGCUACCAGUGCUCGCAAGAUGCAUGCAAAUGCAGUGGUGUUCUCACAGCCAGUACCCAAGUUCUAUCACAAGUUGCCUUCCUCUAGGGAUGAAGUUAGUGAUGUUUUGGCAGUAUUGUUCACAGGACCCUGCCGACCUACCAAGACAGAUUUCAAGCAGAUGCCUUUGCUUAUUCGAAAAGAUCAUGUGCUGGCUGCGUUGCAUUGGUUAAAAGUUCACCACCCACUUUAUCAGAACCUGGAGAUUUUGCUAGACAACCUCCAGCAAUUUUCGGAGACUAGUCCACCAGUCGACUGGUAUUAUCAAAGUUCGGCUGGUGAUGCACCUGUGCAAUCCAUGUCAGUGUCAGACAAAGACAAAGAGCUGGCAUAA